AUGCUAGCAGCCACACUCCUGAACACCCCUGUCAGCGGCGCUGAGCUACUCUACGGCGAGAGGAAGCGGCGGUCUGGGGCAACGGCUGUGGAAGAGAUUAGGACGAGUGGUUGCGGCAAUGCUAGAGACGGCAAGAAGACAUCUCCGUCGAUCAGGUCCUUGAGCGAGGUUGAAAGGCUGCGGUUGAAAGAGAGAUACAGCAUGGAGUACAGCAGGUGGGACACAUGGACCCCAACGGACCCAGCAACAUUGGCAGAAGCAGAGGAACGCGAGGAAAAGGAAGAUCAAAAGAGAAGCAAGGAGUUCGAGGAUAACAAUCCGCAAUUCUGCAAAGAGAUGGUGGACGACAUGAAGACUCGCUCGGAAGCCAGGCCAGUUGAGAAGAAGGACUCGGAAGCAACGACCGCGCGGCUCAAGGGUAACCGAUUUUACAAGGCAAAGCGCUGGGAGAAGGCACUCGAGCUGUACAUGACAAGCCUCAAGGCCAGGCCGUACGCCGUCAACACGUUAGCUAAUGUUGCUCAGACCUUGAUCAAGUUGGAGCGGUGGUUAGAUGCUGUGGAGUUCUGUGAUCGCGCGCUUCACGUGGACGGAAAAUGUGUCAAGGCUUUCUCGCGGCGGGCAUCGGCGUUCGUCAGGCUUGCCGAGGACUCUACCACUUCGGGGGUUGCCGCCGCCGCUGCUCCUGCUACAGCCUCGCCCCCUUCAGACGCGAUCGACAGCACUGUCACUCAGACCGAGGUCGUGACCAAGGGCGGCACCAGCGUUUCCAUUGACGUCAGCGACUUGGCUCCGGCAGGGAACGAAAAAGAGGCUAUUUCAGGGACAGAGGGUGACGGAGAAUCCAGCGGAAGGGGCGAAGAGCAUGCCUUUCGCGCACGUUUCGGGGGGAGGGAGGGACUCAUGGCGUUGGCGCUGCUCGACUUGCACGCAGCCGUUGAGGCGGACCCCGGUAGCGAAGACAUCAGGCGGCAGAGGGAUAGCCUCAGCAAGGAAAUCGAGGAAGAGAAGGCGGAGGCGGCUGUCAUGAAGAUAGUGAAGGGUACCUCUGGAACUUACCCUUGUCGCAGCAGCAGCGGGGUCUCCGCCACCGGAAUACCAAACCUGGGAACGGAAGGCCUUGGCGCGUCUCCGGGUGAGAAUCAAGGCCAGGAUGUCGCUGCUCAACCGCGGGAUAUGAGAGCUCGAACAAUCGAGCGGCGUACCGAGGCUUUGUCCGGCUUGCCCCUGCCCGAUGGCAAACGCGAAAAGCCCACUGAGGCAGGGAAGGGCAAAACUUCUAUCGACGCGGGGACUUUGGGGGAUGAGAACGAUCUGCAUACCGUAGACAAGAUUUUAGAGGAGGUACUUGGAGGCGCUGAGGUAGGCGCUAAGGGGCUGGAGGCUACGAGGCUUGAAAAGGCGACGGAGGGCGGCACGACUCACCAGCGACACCUGCUUCUUCGCCUAGCAUCCAUUCUGGAGGACAACCACACUGCGAGGGUCUACUUCAGGGCAUCCGGCGGGCUUGCCCGGCUUACCGGGGCUACUGCCACCGCCGCCGCCGCCGCCGCCGCCGCUGGCGCUAGCCGCCCCGACCAAGACGUCAGCAAGACGAGCACACGCGCCAGCAUUUGUUCUCCGUUGGUUCUUCCACAAGCUCGUGGUCCCGAAGGGAUGUCUGCUGGUGCCAUCGAAGACGGCGGCUGCGACAGAGACGGAGAUGUCCCGAGCGGAGGCGUCGAUGGUGGUAAGGAUCCGGUUCGGUUUGCAUCGAUGCUGGUGGCCGUUUCGGCGGCUAUCAAGGGGGGAGAGAGGCUCGCCCAGCAGGAGGUGUUCAAGUCUGGACUCCUGGGCGACCCAUGUGCCCAUGCAAUGAGGAGGGUAGUCAAGGAAGGCGCGGAGGGUAUGGUCGCGACUACAGGGGUGGUAGCUGCCGCGGGAGCGGCCGCUCUGCUGUUGUCUCGAGCUAUCGAUGACGUCUCCGUGCGCGCGUACGUUGCCAGGAGAAUCGAUCUACUAGCAGGCCUAGUAGACAUCGUCGGUGCCGGCUCCAUGCCUCCGCUGGACAUUGAGGCUGCCGCCGAUACCCUUCGUGCCGUCCUCAUUGGUCGCACCGCUCCAAUCGCUGCCAAAACGCUGAGUAGCGAAGCUUCGUCCGAGAUAUCGGUGUCGACGGAGGCGGGGUUGAUGGAACAGAAGAGGAUGCUUUCGUGCCCUGCGAUGGCUGUAGGAAGAGCCUUGCUUGCAUGGAAGGAGGGAAGCGGUCCGAUGAAGGGCGCCCCAGCGUCUACUGGUUUCGCUCUCUGCAACGUGCUGGCAAAUCUCGCCAUGAACGAGAACUUCAGGGAAAGUUUCGCGAAACCCUUCCUAUCCAAGUCGAUGGGGGGCGGAGUGGACAGUGGCGGAGUUUCGACGGUGGCUGCCGUUCUAGUCCUCGUCGCCCGCGACAUGAAGGCCGAUCGCUCGGAGGCAAGGUCGGUGGCACUCGCGGCGUUAGUAAACGCCUGCCUGCACAACCACAGCGUGCAGAAAGCGACGCUGGCAGCAGGAGGGUUAGCUUUUGCCCUGGCCACGCUGUCGCUAGAGGGAAAGGAUCGUGUUCUCCACGUGCCCCCGCUGGUGGCAGCUAGAUCAGCGGCGCUGCUAGCGCGCUUGUCUCCCCUACCUGAAGCGCUCGAGGCCAUGGCUCGCCCGGGUGUUGUGGACAGAAUCAUUCAGGCCACCGUGCGGAGCUCAACUCUCGGAGGUGACCUCUACACAAUUGUCACCCGAGCGAAACGCGCGGAUGAUGAGGCAGACGAUCUAGCCGCAGCGGCCGCAACAGAAGCCGCGGCAACCUCAGCCGCGAAUGCCACCGAGAGAGAGAACCUUGUCCGCGUUCUGGGCUCCAUCUUGCGCUCAAAGCCGCCAGCGCACACCGCUGCCUGUGACGACGCGCGGAGGCUUGGAUCACCGGCACCCUCCUCAAACGUGCCCGGAGUGACGACGACCAAAGAUGCGAAGGACAAAAUUGUCACCACAGCGGGCCAGCUGAAGCUUUCCGAAGCGUUGAUAUCUUUCCUUCCGCCUGCUCGGGAGGAUGGAACGGAGGGUGUCACUACCACAUCUGUGUCAUUGAGGCCCAAGUGGCUCGCACCUCCCGCGGUAACGGGCAACGUUUGCGUCUGCCUCCUGCACCUUUUGGACGGCGAGGGUUCCGGCCACAUCGCCACCCAGAUUGUCGACGCAGGAGGAAUUCCCCGCCUCAUUUCGCUCUUCGCCAACUCAGGAGGCGAGGGGGGUGCUCUAUCAGCACGUACCAACGCUGCCAUCUGCUUGGCAAAACUGGCACGCGAUCCAAUUCACAAGCAGAUGAUAGCCGACCUCCGCGGCAUGGAGAUGCUUGUCCAGGCUGGCGCUGGAUUGCCUGUCUGA